CGCAUCCCCACCGGAACAAACGCUUCCGAGUCCCACUUGGAAUGAACACAGAAUCUUAUUAACCUCAAUCACGAGUCCACGACCUCCCAUUUUCAUCCUCCUUUUCAAUUCUCACGACAGAAAUACAGAUCUGGACACCGCCUCAUGUUGCGGAACGCGAUUUUCUCAGCGCUUAUUCUCUGCAUGAUAUCUUUGUAGAAUCAACAUCAAAUAUAUUUAUACAAUGUCGAGGAAGCCAGUGAAUCCCUCUCGACGCUUUGCAGGCAGCGGAACUCUUCCAUUUAUAGGCUCCUUGCAUUCAAAAUCACGCGCUUCCCCAUUUUUAUCUAUAGGGCUUCUCAUCAUGGGAGCAAUGCUUCUUAUUGGGUAUUCAUAUAGCGGCUCAGGUUCAUUUGGCGGUAAUAAGCAGGCUGUGAGCAGGGUUCAAGGCGACUUUUCAUGCACUGCAGAAGUUCACAGGGCAAUUCCAUUUCUGAAGAAAGCUUAUGGUGACAGCAUGCAUAAAGUUUUGCAUGUUGGCCCAGACUCUUGUUCAAUUGUUUCUAAAUUGCUAAAAGAAGAGGAGACUGAAGCCUGGGGUGUGGAACCAUAUGACAUAGAGGAAGCUGAUAGUAACUGUAAAAGUCUGGUGCACAAAGGCAUUGUACGUGUGGCUGAUAUUAAGUUUCCUCUUCCGUAUAGGGCAAAAUCUUUUUCUCUUGUGAUUGUGUCGGAUGCAUUGGAUUACUUGUCCCCAAAGUACCUCAACAAAACCCUUCCAGAUUUAGCAAGGGUUUCAGCUGAUGGUCUUAUUAUUUUUGCAGGUUUUCCAGGACAACAGAGAGCUAAAGUUGCAGAAGUAUCCAAAUUUGGUCGGCCGGCUAAAUUGAGGAGUUCGUCUUGGUGGGUACGCUAUUUUGUCCAGACUAGCUUAGAAGAGAAUGAAGCUGCCAUCAAGAAGUUCGAACCAGCUAUAACAAAGAGCUCAUACAACCCAAGCUGCCAAAUUUUCCACCUCAAGUCUUACAAUUGACAUAGUAACUCUAGUUCUUCAUCACUAUUGAGGCUCCUUGGUGCAAGUACAUGAAAACCAUCUUCAGCACUCAUCGGAAAUGCUCCUCGUUAGACAAUCUAAAUUUGUUAGAUAUUGACCAUAAUCACAUCGUGUUUUUUUGUAACCUAUCAUAUAUGAUAUUCUUUGACUGAAUUUUUUAUCUUGAGAGUAAAGCAUGAAUGAAAAUGCCCUCUGCCAAGUGCAUCAGCUAAAUAAACAUAGCUCAGUCCAUUGGCUAUUGUAAGAAACAAUUUUGUUAAAGAGUACUAUUGAUUUCCACGCGUGGUUUUCCCUGGUUUGAGUUGAA